AUGUUCGUUCCCGAGGAGCCACCUACCGGAACGGAGGCCGGCGCUAGUGGUCCGGAAACUGGCGCACUACAAGGUGGACGUCGCCGCACUCAGCGAGACUCGAUUCUUCGAACACGUCCAACUGGAGGAGGUGGGUGCCGGCCACACCUUCUUCUGGAGCGGUCGUCCCAGGGCAGAGGGACGAGAUGCGGGCGUCGCCUUCGCCAUCCGGAACGACAUAGUGGGACGACUGCCCUUUUUGCCGCAGGGCAUCAACGAUCGCCUGAUGAGCCUCCGUCUGCCUCUCCGGGGGCGGGCGGCAAAUUCGCAACCAUCAUCAGCGCCUACGCACCGCCGAUGAGCAGCCCCGACGCCACAAGAGACAAAUUCUACGAGGACCUGCACGCCCUCUUGGCGACUGUGUCGGAGGCGAACAAGUUGAUUGUCCUUGGUGACUUCAACGCCCGCGUCGGCACAGACCAUGCUGCUUGGAGAGGAGUGCUGGGUCCCCAUGGUCUCCGCGGCUCAAACGACAAUGGUCUGUUGCUUCUCCGCACCUGCGCAGAACGCCGCCUCAUCCUGACGAAAACCCUCUUCUGUCAGCCGGAGCGAGAGAAGGCCACCUGGAGGCAUCCUCGGUGGCGUCAGUGGCACCUGCUGGACUAUGUCCUCGUCCGGAGGCGAGAUCAGCGGGACGUGCUGGUGAAAAAGGCGAUCGCGGGCGCUGACGGGUGGACCGACCAUCGCCUCGUCAUCUCGAAGAUGCGUAUUCGCCUACAACCUCGCAGGAGACCACAAGGUAUGUGACCCCCAGGUAAGCUGAAUACUGCCUUGUUGUCUUUGCCCGCUCACCAUCUUCAUUUCAGCAUUGAGCUAGCUCAACGGCUAGACAAUCUUCCCAUCGCUGCCGCCGCUGCCGAGAACGCCUCCGUGGAGAACCGCUGGUGUCAACUGCGAGACACGGUCCAGUCGACGGCACUAGCCGUCCUCGGUCGCGCACGCCGCCAACACCAGGACUGGUUCGAAGACAACGACGCCGUCAUCAGAAAUCUGCUCGCCGUGAAGAACCGCCUGCACAAAGCCUACGUAGACCACCCUACGGACGACAACAGACCUACUUUCUACCGCAGUCGCCGCCAACUUCAGCAACGACUGCACGAGAUGCUGAACGCCUGGACUGCUCUCAAAGCUGAGGAGAUCCAAGGGUACGCGGACCGCAACGAGUGGGAGAGCUUCUUCUCUGCGAUCAAAGCUGUCUACGGUCCACCGAAGAAGGGCUCUGCUCCUCUCGUCAGCGCCGUCGGCAGUACCCUCCUGACUGAGAAGACGAAAAAUUCUACAGCGAUAGGCUGAGCAUUUCCGAGGCGUCCUCAACCGCCCCUUCGCCAUCUCCGACGACGCCAUCGCCCGUUUGCCGCAAGUGGAGACCAACGUGGACCUCGACCUCCCGCCAUCUCUUCAGGAAACCAUCAGGGUCGUGCAGCAGCUCUCCAGAGGGAAAGCACCCGGAUCGGACGCAACCCCUGCUGAGGUUUACAAGCACGGAGGUCCUCGACUAAUGGAUCACCUGACUGCGCUCUUCCAAGGGAUGUGGCGUCAAGGUGAAGUCCCGCAAGAUUUCAAAGACGCACCCAUCGUGCAUCUCUACAAGCGAAAAGGGAAUCGCCAAGUCUGCGACAAUCACCGCGGCAUCUCCUUGUUGAACAUCGCCGGAAAGAUCUUCGUUCGCACCCUCCUCAACCGCUUGAAUAAUCAUCUGGAACAGGGCCUUCUGCCGGAAAGCCAAUGCGGCUUCCGUCGUCAUCGUGGGACCACGGAUAUGAUCUCCGCAGCCCGUCAACUUCAGGAGAAGUGCCAGGAGAUGCGGACCCACCUGUACUCUACCUUUGUGGACCUGACGAAAGCCUUCGACACGGUGAAUCGUGAAGGAAUGUGUAAGAUCAUGCAGAAAUUCGGCUGUUUGGAGCGAUCCAUUUAGAUGGUGCGUCAGCUGCACGACGGUAUGAUGGCGCGAGUCACGGACAACGGAGUCGUCACAGAGGCAUUCGCAGUGACCAACGGAGUGAAGCAGGGAUGCGUCCUGGCGUCUACCCUCUUCAGUCUUAUGUUUUCUGUCAUGCAGAUGGACGCCUACCGUGAUAAACGCCCCGGUAUCCGCAUCGCCUACAGGACGGACGGUCACCUUCUGAAUCAACGGCGGAUGCACUCCCGAUCGCGCGUAUCCACAACCACCGUUCACAAAAUUCUCUUCGCCGACGACUGUGCCCUGAACACCACCUCUGAAGAGGAGAUGCGACGGAGCAUGGACCUGUUCUCCGCCGCCUGCGAGAACUUUGGUCUGGUCAUCAACACGCAGAAGACGGUAAUCAUGCAUCAACCGCCACCCAACACAGUUACUCACCCCAAUUCGCCGCCGCCACAAAUCAGCGUGAACGGAACACAAAUGCAAGUGGUGGAGAACUUCCCGUACCUGGGCAGCACCCUCUCCGUAGCAUCAAAAUCGAUUACGAAGUCGCUCGCAGGAUUUCGAAAGCCAGUCAAGCCAUUGGCCGCCUCCAAAGCACAGUUUAGAAUCGUUAUGGUCUCCAACUGA